AUGUUUAAAAGAUUAACUCAACGUCAAUUCGUUAGAUUCAACUCAUUAGGUGUUUCUAAACACAUCAAUGAAGCUGCAUUCCACCCAUCAAAAAUCAACAAAGCUGCUGGUGAAGCUUUCGUCAAAGAAUACACCGAAAAAGUUCAUCACUCGGAAGCCGUCACUAAAUUAUGGAAAAGAAUCACUUACAUUGUUGCUGUUCCUGCUUUAAUAGCCACUGCUAUCCCAGUCAUCAACAUUGAAUUAAAACACGCUAAACAUAGAGAACAUUUAGCUCACCUUCCAGAUGAAGAAUGGCCAGUUCAAUACGAUUACCAAAACAUUAGAUCAAGAAACUUCUGGUGGGGUGAUGGUGACAAGACUUUAUUCUGGAACUCAUCCGUCAACAGACACAUUACUGAAUAG